GGAUUUACAGCCAGGCGUGUCUCUUUGAGGGAUGCAUAAAGGGGAGGCUUCUGCAGCCGCUGCACGACUCUGCGAGUGGCGUAUGCGAAGCUGUAUGCGCUAGUUUUUCUUUGCCGGGGGGGAAACUCCUGAGGAGCGAAUGAAGAAACAAAUUUUGCUCCUGUUCACAUUCAGAGGACUGGUAAGCAAAGGGAAAAAGGGGAAAAAGAGAAAAUGGCCAAUUUUGUGUUGCGAUCAGCCGGACCAAAGGAUGUAUCAGAUAUCUUGCGACUCAUAAAGGAACUUGCUAAAUUCGAAGAGAUGGAGGAGAAGGUGGUGCUCACUGAGAAAGAUUUGCUUGAAGAUGGCUUUGGGGAUCAUCCAUUCUACCACUGCUUGGUUGCCGAAGUCCCACAAGAUCAGAGCUCUGAAGGGUUUUCUGUGAUUGGCUUUGCAAUGUACUACUUCACAUAUGACCCGUGGAUUGGAAAGCUUCUCUAUUUGGAAGAUUUCUAUGUCAUGCAGGAGUUUCGAGGCCUUGGCAUCGGUUCACAAAUCCUGAAGGUGCUGAGUGAGACUGCUGUAAAGACCCGCUGUAGCAGUAUGCAUUUCAUCGUAGCAGAAAACAACAAGCAGUCUAUCGAGUUCUACAAGAGACGGGGCGCAGCGGACCUGUCCUCGGAGGAGGGCUGGCGUCUCUUUGAGAUCCAAAAGGAGGGCCUGCUGAAGAUGACUGCAAAAUGAAAUGAAAUGCACUGAUCAUUUACAAAGAAUUCUGGGGAUUCCAAUAACAAUAUUUUUUGCACAGUUUUAAUAUUUUUGUAUCUUUGACCAUAACCUGGUCUACCUCAUUCACACAGUAAAUUAAGCAGAUUAACUGUCAGACCUCUUACUAA